AGGAUACUCACCUUAAAAUAUAUAAAAUGAUUUUUUUUCCCUCUUUCUUUUCUCUCUUUUUUUUUCCCAGCUAACAACAUUAUACUUAUGGAAGGAGAAAACCGUCGUAAUGCCUACAAGGAACGUAGUCGUUUCAAGCCUGAAGAAGUUAGACGUAGACGUGAGAAUGCUCAAGUUGAAAUCAGAAAGCAAAAAAAGGAAGAAAACUUGGCCAAGAGAAGAAAUUUCAACGCGCAAGAUAUGGGAGAGGACUCUGAUGAUGAUCUUGCCAUGAACCAAGACGCAGAGAUUUUGAGCCAAUUACCUCUCAUGGUGCAAAGUUUAUAUUCUGAGGAUCCCACUCACCAACUUCAAGCUACAGCUCAGUUUAGAAAGGUCUUAUCCAGAGAGAAGAAUCCUCCCAUCAAGGAAGUUAUCAGCUGCGGUGUAGUGCCUCGUUUUGUCGAAUUUCUCCGUUCGCCUGACGGUCAAGUUCAAUUUGAGGCUGCUUGGGCCUUAACCAACAUUGCGUCUGGUUCAUCAGAGCAAACAGAAGUUGUAAUUAAAGCAGGUGCCGUACCCUAUUUUAUCGAAUUAUUAAGUAGUCCCGUAGAUGAUGUCAAAGAACAGGCUGUCUGGGCCCUCGGUAAUAUUGCUGGUGAUAGUCCCAAGUGUCGUGACUAUGUCCUGGAAACAGGUGCCCUUCCCCCCUUAUUAGCCAUCUUUGAGGACAACUCCAAGCUUUCCAUGAUCCGUAACGCUACAUGGACCUUAUCCAACUUUUGUAGAGGCAAGAAUCCCCAACCCAACUGGCGCCUGAUUUCUCCUGCUUUGGGCGUGUUGGCUAAAUUAAUCAACUCUACGGAUGAAGAGGUGCUCAUUGAUACAUGUUGGGCUAUUUCUUACUUAUCAGAUGGUCCCAAUGAGCGUAUUCAAGCUGUCAUUGAGUCUGGGUUAUGUGGUCGAUUAGUGGAAUUAUUAGGCCAUCCUGCUACCACUGUACAAACACCUGCACUUCGUUCUGUUGGUAAUAUUGUGACUGGAGAUGAUUCCCAAACACAAAUGGUAUUGAACUGUGGAGCACUUGUUGCAUUAUUACACUUGUUGAGUAGCCCCAAGGAACCCAUUCGUAAGGAGACAUGUUGGACAUUAUCGAACAUCACAGCUGGUAAUACAAACCAGAUCCAGGCUAUUAUCGACAGUGGUAUUGUUGGACCUUUGAUCCAGGUAUUGAUCACGGGAGAUGUAAAGACCAAGAAGGAAGCCUGUUGGGCCAUUUGUAAUGCAACAUCUGGAGGAUUAAACAAGCCGGAACAAAUCAAAUUCUUGGUUAACCAAGGAUGUAUUAAACCUUUGUGUGAUAUACUUACAUCGAUGGAUAACAAGAUUAUGUUGGUGGCAUUAGAUGGAUUGGAUAAUAUAUUGAAAGUUGGAGAUAUGGAGAAAUCAAAUACGAUGGAUGGAUUAAAUCCUUAUGCCUUAUUGAUUGAAGAAUGUGGUGGUGUUGAAUAUAUUCAUGCUUUACAACAUCAUGAAAAUGGUGAAAUUUACAAGAAAUCAUACCAAUUAAUUGACAAAUAUUUCAGUGAUGGUGAUGAGGAGCAAGAUACUGAAAUGGCACCUGAUACUGAAAAUGGUCAAUUUAUGUUUCACAAUGAUUCACAGGGAGCUACAUUUAACUUUUAACCUGACUGAUUAAAAUAAAAUAACAAAUUUUUUUUUCUCUCUCUCU